AUGCUUCCCAAGCACGUUCUUCUCGCCAUCCUCGGCGCCCUCACCGUUGCUGAGGCUUCGGUCAUCCACUACGAUUCUCCUAUUGCCAAGACUCUCGCCCGACGACAGAACCGAGGUGGAAGGGGAGGCAACCGAGGCGGAAACAAUGGUGGCAAUAACAAUGCCGGCAACCAGAACAAUGGCCAGGACAACGGCCAGAACCAGGGCGGUAACAACAACGCCGGGAACAACAACCAGGCUACCUGCCUCCAGGACAAUGUUAUCCAAGCUGCCUCGGCCAGCACUGGCCAGGGUGAUAUUACGGAAGACGGCCAGGCCGCCUCUGCUACCGAUGACGCCAACUUCAUCAACUUCUGCGCCGGCGAGACCCUGACCAAUGGUCAACAGGUCCAGGGCGGCUCCUGCAACGGUAUCGUCAUGGGCAAGAUCCCUGCCACCAACAGGAUGAUCAGCAGCAUCAUCCAGAACCCUCAGCCCGGUCAGACCAUCCAGGAGAACGAGACGUUCGACAUUGUUGUCAACACCCAGAACCUCGCGGCCGGAUCCUUCACCAACCCGCAGGAGACGUACUACUCGGCUCCUCAGGAUCUCGACGGCCAGGGCCGUAUCAUCGGCCACACCCACGUUACCGUCCAGGACCUCGGAAACGACCUCGCGCCCAACAACCCUCCCGACGCGCAGCAGUUCGUCUUCUUCAAGGGUAUCAACGACGCUGGCAAUGGCCAGGGUAUCCUCUCGGCCACGGUCACUGGUGGUCUCCCCGCCGGUAACUACCGCGUCUGCACGAUGACGGGUGCUUCCAACCAUCAGCCCGUCCUCAUGCCUGUCGCCCAGCGUGGUGCCCAGGAUGACUGCACCAAGUUCACCGUUGGCAAUGCCAAUGCUGGAAACAAUAACAACAACAAUAACGGAGGCAACAACAAUAAUAACAACGGCGGGAACAACAACAACAAUAACGGAGGGAACAACAAUGGCGGCAACAACAACAAUAGUGGGUCUAACGGCCAGAACGCCGGCAAUGGCGGGAACGCUAACGGCCAGCAGAAUAAUGGCAACAACCAGAACGCCGGCCAGGGCGGCCAGGGCGGGGACCAGGCGACCGGCGGCGCCAACAACAACGGCGGAAACAACCGGGGCGGGUUUGGUGGGGGCUUCAGGGGCAAUGGAAACAACGGCAACAACGCCAAUAACGGAAACAAUGCCAACGGUGGAAAUGCCAACGGCGGAAACGCCGCCGACAAUACUGACGGAAACAAUGCCGAUGCCGGCAACACCGGCAAUGCUGGCAACAACGGAAACAAUGGAAAUGCCAACAACGGAAAUCAGGGCGGUGGCUCGGGUGGUGCUAGUGCGGCAAGCGCCCUGGGAGGCAUUGCCGCGCCUGCGGUAGAAGAGGGCGGAAACAAGGACAGGCCCUUCUCAGUCAAUGGCAACACAUUCGUUAACAAGGCGGCAGCAGUGCAACGGGCGUGCGACGUUCAGAACAACCAAUGCGCGAACGCGGUCAACGGCGGGCAACUUCAAGGAGUGAACGUCGGCGACUGCGGUGCCCAAGUCGCGAAAUGUGUUGCGGAGCUCUCAUAA